UUUCUUUUGUUAAGGCGGUUCCCGUCAAAAUAACUGAAACUUCCUCUUUCCAAAUUUCUUUUGGCGCAACCCAACUGACGGGUUACUGUGAUCCAGUUGUUCCAGUGUGUCAACAUCCCACAGACAGAAUGCGGUACAGCCGCAUUGCCUGUUUUUUUGUGUUUUUUGUUUUUUUUCAAUUUAAGUCUAAGACCAUACCACAUUUACCUUAAUGCUGCUGACUUAACACGCAAAACCUCACAUGUAAGAUCAUUACGUUUGUGGGCUUUGUCACAAAAAGAUAAAAGCGUUUACUGAAGCAGUAAAGACAACACAUUACUGUUUGUUUCAUUUGUUUUACGCACCAAUUUUAAAAUAGAAAAAUGCCAAUAGUGUCGACUUAUUGAAGAGUGUGACUGUAGAAAAAUAUAUAUAGAAAGUGCAGAAAAAACUUUGAGUAAAUCCCGUUUUCAGUGAAUCCAUCAGCUCUUGAAUGAUGGAUGAUCUCUGGUUUAGCUGGUUUCCUGGUUGAGCCAUUUACUCAGCCGUCACACCGAAGAAUGCGGUGCUCGUUUCAACACAACUCCAACACAAUAGAGACAAAUUUUUAAUAUAUACUUAUGAUUUUUUAACGCGUCGUUUAUGGAAACAAACACGUGACUCGAAUAAUCGAAUACAUUACUUUACGGGUUAUUCGUGCGCCACCGUGGAUACUAUCUCGCCAGGAUGGGCCACAAGUUGACAACCGAGGAAAAUACAGAGUCUACGAGCAACAAUGACACACCUGGAAGGAAUCCUCACACAGAGAGAAGAAAUGUUACCGUCAGAAGACCAAGAGCUCGACCUCGACCGAGAAACGUUUUCAGAACUGCACAGGUAAAUUCCUAUGCGCCUUCGCGGAGAACAGGUUUGGACACUGUCCUGGAAUAUUUUGAGGAAGAAGCCAGCUCGACAACUGAACAGGAGAAGUGCUAUGACCCCAACGAUCCCACACUGAGAUUUGUUGAUGGAGAUGAUGAUAUGGAUUUUUUGUGUCAGGAUUACAAGUCUCGGAGAGCACUGAUGUCCUGUGGUCAUUCUGUCACCCCCAUGUCCCUCACCAACUGGUGCCGCCAUUUGCUGGACAAAGGCGAGACCAUAUUUGUGUGUGGGCAAAAGGACUGCAAUGCUGAGUGGUCAUUUGAUGAGGUCUGUAAAAUGGCUCUUCUAACUCCUGAAGAAACUGAAUACUUUGAAAAACAGUUAUUCAGUCGAGUUGCCAAGGACUACUUGGAUGUCAAAUCAUGUCCUGGCUGCAAGUCCUCUGUGAUAAGGACGGAGCUCGACAAUCUACGGGUCCGCUGCACAAUAUGCUCAGCGGACAAACUUAAGCCCUAUGAAUUCUGCUGGCAGUGCCUGAAGGAAUGGAAAGGUUCAUCUCAAUAUACAGACCGCUGUUUAAAUGACGGCUGCUUCAACGCGUCGCUGGAAGUAUUAAGAACCUGCCCGAAGAUCAAAUUUCAAGAAGUGAGGGGCGUCUCUGGCUGUCCCUCCAUCCGUGCCUGUCCCACAUGCGGUAUGCUGUUGGGGCAUGACAAAACAAAAUGCAAGAACAUUAUCUGUCCCCGAUGUAAGGACGAGUUCUGUUUUGUCUGUCUGAAACCAAGUACAGUGUGUAAGACAUAUUUCACAGCUUGCGUCUCGGGUGUAGCCCCUAGACAAACAUAUAUACCUGUAUGGAACAGGCAGCAUAUGCUUAAACGUUUGAUUUAAUGCUGUGCUUUCAAGAAAUUCAAACGCACAUUUGCUGCAAUCUGUGAAGGUACCGGACAUCGACAUCUUUAUCUCUGUCUAUUUACAGACCACUGUUAAUUGCUAUACUCUCUAGGGAAAAUUCAAGCUAUGUGACUGGUAACAAGGCUGGUAAACUACGUGGAACCUUUUAGUCCUUGACCAAAAUGUAUUUUUGGGGAAAUUUGAAGAUAUACAUUUGUUUGUUACGUUGAGAUCAUAAUGUAUAAUCUAAUCACAGGACAUUUCUAUGGAAAGCAAUAGAGAAUCCUUCAUUUUGUUCCCAUUGAAUGCGGUGAUCUAAAAUGCCUAGAUUGUAUGAUUUGUCAUUCACCCCUUGUAAUGUGAGGUUUUGAGUUGAAAAGUAAAACUUAAGAUUUUAAACAACCGUGUGUCCAAUGUCAUCAUUUUAAUUUAUUUUUCCUGGAACAUGAGUUGAAUCUUGAAUCCUGCUUUUCAACCUUGAACAGAAAGGAAAAGAAAGAAAGAAAGAAAGAAAGAAAGAAAGAAAGAAAGAAAGAAAGAAAGAAAGAAAGAAAGAAAACUAAAGUAUAAAUCACUGGUACUCAUAUAAGACCAAUCUGGUGGUUGAAUGGCACCAAUAUAAGUUAUAGGAAACCGGAAACAACUUUCAUCACCUGUGUAAUAACACACACACAUAAAUGCAUACAUGGAAUGGCGCGUGCCAAAGUCACGUGACACACCAACAAAAAGCAUGUGCGUCACCUCUUCAAAAGCAGCCUGUAAAUAAACAAAUAUAACUUAUAUGUAUCAUUAGUUUCACAGCAC